CACGUGCACUAUGCGGUGGCUUUACCGGUGAGAUCCUCGACAACACUAAAACGCCGGUCACAUCUCAAUCGGAGCUCAGCCCUUUCGCAAUCGCAGUUCUUCCCCGAGGCAGCACGAGGUACCAAGAUGGAAGUUCUAGAUGCGAAAGGUCUCUCUGAGCGCCUGAGAUGGGAAGACAAUGAGUACUGGCUGCACCUCGAGGCUGAGACUCCGUUUGAGAAGUAUCCCGCAAAACAACAUGCGCGGAGAGUGCAAGAGAAGUUGGGUGUUGAAGAAGGCUUGAUCUACCUACCGGGUCAACCAGCGAGGAACAACGAAGAUAGCGACAUGCCAGCACCCUUCCGACAACGCCGAUAUUUCUAUUACUUGAGCGGAUGUAAUGAGCCUGACUGCCAUCUGACAUACGACACGCGACGCGACGAAUUGUCCUUGUUCAUUCCCCGCAUCAGGCCUGAGCGCGUCAUCUGGAACGGUCGUGGCUCCACCCUAGCAGAGGCACUCAUGAAGUACGAUGUCGAUCAAGUCUUCUACGCAGAUGAGCUUGAGUACGCCGUACAAGGGUGGGCGAUCGGUAACCGACAGGCUGGCAUCUACGUCCUGCACCAGUCAUCGCAAUUCCCCGGCUGCGACAAUCUGAAGCCCCGUAUCGAUUCGAUAGCCCUUCGGUCAGCCAUGAACGUAUGUCGCAUGAUCAAGGAUGAUCACGAGAUCAAGCUUAUUCGGAAAGCGAACGACAUCAGCUCGCAAGCGCACCGAGAGAUCCUUGCUAACAUUACGAAAUUCAAGAAUGAGGCACAGGUGGAGGGAUUGUUCAUGGAUGUGUGCAUAUCGCAGCAAGCGAAGCAACAGGCUUAUGAUCCCAUCGCUGCUUCCGGACCGAACGCCGGAACCCUUCACUAUGACGCGAACAAUGAAGAUCUCGCAGGUCGUCAACUCAUGUGUUUAGAUGCAGGAUGCGAGUAUGAGCUAUAUGCAAGUGACAUCACCCGCACCUUCCCGCUGUCUACUUCUUGGCCAAGCAAGGAAGCCGAGAAUAUCUAUAAGCUGGUCCAACGUAUGCAGGAAACAUGCAUUGAACGACUAGAGCCUGGCGUGAGAUAUCUGGAUCUGCACAUUAUGGCACAUCAGAUCGCUAUCGAUGGGCUACUGCAGCUGGGAAUCCUUCACCGCGGAACGAAAGAAGAAAUCUACAAGGCUGGUACAAGUAGAGCGUUCUUUCCCCAUGGUCUUGGACAUCAUAUAGGCCUUGAAGUGCAUGACGUAGGCCAGGCACAACUGAUGAGUGUAAGAAGAGGGAAGCCAGUGUACCAGCAGGCACCAUCCCUUUAUCCACAGGAUUUCCAUGUCCCGAUAUAUGACUCUGAGACUUGCCUCGCGCCAACCGAUCCCCAAAGCAGCCAUCUCGAAGAAGGCAUGGUUGUCACAGUCGAGCCUGGCAUCUACUUUUCUGCAUACGCUCUACAACACUUCUAUCUUUCAUCGCCCGUACACUCCAAGUACAUCAAUAUUGAGGUACUGAAGCGCUACAUGCCCGUGGGCGGUGUUCGCAUAGAAGACGACAUUCUCAUCACCUCCUCUGGUUACGAGAACUUGACUACAGCCCCCAAAGGCGACGCAAUGAUCGAAGUUAUCCGGCACGGAAAGAAAGGUGCUGUGGACGGGCCGGAUUCCGACUUCACUCCACUACGGCGACCGAGCAGUCCCAUUGAGCCAACUCUGCGACGAGCGCCGGGCAUUUCUACAAAGGCACCACCACAACACUUACAAAAGCCGCUCGCCAGAGCUGCGACCCUUCCCGCAGACUUCGCUCAACAACGCAACACAGACUUCGCGCCCUUGGCAGGCCCCUCGCUCUUCUCGAACUUUUCACGCUCAAUGACCACGGAAGAAAAGAUCCAACAGUGGCAGCUUAAGCGUAGUCCAGUGACGAUCGCGUCUCUCCCCCCAGUCAACGCGAAGAAAUCGAAUCCGGUAUGUGGUGAGAUGAAUCCGAACUUCCAUCAUGUUUACAUGAGCAACGCUUCCAGUCCGGCGUUCUCAUCCCAAUCGACCCCACAGUUUGGGGAAACACCUUCGUGCCAGAAUUGCGCAAUUCUCGUACAAACGCUGGAUCGCCUACGUCAAAACCUUACAUCCUCUGUGCAAAGCUCCUCGAAGCGCGAGGUCAAGCCUACUUACGAGGCCGAUCUGAGAAGUAAGAACGCCGAGCGAGUAUACGAUGACACUCCAGCAAUACCGCCACGCAUUGGCGAGCUGUCUGUUGGCGCUUCGGCGUGCACCGUAAGCCUCGAUAAGAACCAGAGAAUUCCACUUCCUCCACCUCAGCCUGAUACUAGUAGGUCAGUAGAUACAAGAGCAGCGCAAUGGGCUAGACGCUCCGGCGCAGCUCCUCGUGUACUUCCGGUUCGCGUCCAAAAUCUGGACAGCCAAUUGUCACAAGCAUACCUUCAGGGCGAGGAAUCCACAGCUAAAGCGAACCUUGUCUCACGGCACCGUCAAAUCCCCGCAGCCGCUGAAAUUCCUCCACGAUUUAGACGUCGCACUCAUAGGAAACUUCCCGACCCUGUACCGUCUCCGCAAGCUCUAGAACCGGAAGCUACACGGCAGAAGUUAGAGUCUCUUCGACUGAGACUUGAUUCGCUGGAGGAGGGGGCGCGGAUAAAGAAACAACAGCAAGACCAAACUAUGUUGCCCGAACGGUUUCUCGCCUCAAGACCGUCAAUGCCAGUCUUGAUGUCCCAAAAUCCAUGGCAGCAGCACCAUAGACCUACCGCCGCGAGAGGCUCUGGCGAUAGGACGUCACGUAACCUGGAAAUUCUUGACAUUGAUAGAUCCCGGCUUGAACGCUUAGAGGAGAGCGAGCGACAGAGGCGCUUAGAGCGUGAUGCAUUGACCAGAGAUACGUUCUUUUUACGUUAAUGACACAACGGUCGGUUUUAUUUUACCAGCUGCGGCAAAGCCAAAUACGUUCUCUUUACCUUCUCGGUUCUGCUUUUACAAACAAUAUACGUUUUAUUACACUCUAACCCGAUUCAAACCACCCUACACCUGGCAUUCACUGCGCCUUGGUCACAUGGUACUCACAUUCUGCUCUGCACACGUGCUCGUCAAGAUAGCAGUUGCACAGUCCUCACACUCCUUUCUCUUCUUAUACUCCAUCCAUCUCACAUACCCGAUUAGAUGUUCUCGUCGAGCUAAGCGUCGGACUUUGAUUGAGUCGAGAUCUUGAGAUGACGCACGAUGAGCUGUAGGCAGAAAAUAGAGCGAGACAAAAUCGUAUCGCUAUUCGUUCUUUGUU